AUGUCGGACCCGUACAGAGAUAGAAAGGGAGCCAGUAUUACAGCUACUUAUCAUCCGCGGUGGGACGUAAGGAAGAUCAAGAGGGUUUAUGACAAAUCCACAUUGUGGUGCAGUAAGAAGUGCAGCGACAAUACACCCAAUUGGUUGAGUCUGGUUGGAGAGAGAAGUAAUCAGCCCCGUCUUGUCGGUGGACAGCAGAACUCGGUUAAAGGGCGUGAUUACUCUCCUUGCCUAUUGAAAGUGCCGCCUACAAGUCAAAAGUUCUACGAAAUAACUUGUCAAUUUGAGACGGCAUACAUAGAAGACACUUCCUAG